AAGCGAAUUAAAUAAAUAACUGGAAUAAAGGCCUUCAACUCAGUAUCACAAUAAACUUUAUUCAUCAAUCCAGAGUUUCAGGAAUUAAUUAAAAAUACGAAAGUAACGCAAUUGAAAUAAAAAAAUAUUUUAUUAUCACAACUAAUUAAAGCCGCUUCAAUCAUCAUAAACUAAUACAUUUCCCUUGAAAUUAAAAACUAACAACCCCCAAUAAAAAAAACAUUGAAGAACAAACAAAGAAUUGACAAAAUUAACGUUUUCUUCGUUUCCACCAGACAAAAUUCCCAAAAGCGAAAAUAAAUCCUCAGAUUCUCGACUAAAAAAUCCUUAUCACCCGUUCACAGACCGCGCAAAAUGCAAUGUGGAAAUUAAUGACGUAGUGCAUCACCCGAUUGCGAUUAUGUCAUCAAAUUCAUCGGUGUGAUUUCCCUCGCGCAUGUACCGGUACUUUUUAAUAUUCAUCAGUUUCCCUCCUACUGCUCCAUUCCCCCAGAAAACUCGCGUCUGGCGCGAGUAAAAACCAAAAAAAAAACAUUAAAAAAAUAUUCCCGUAGACAAUCGGAUUGAAGCGGUAACUGAUCGUUCGCCGAUCAACAGAAUUAAAAAUCCGCUGAUGUAAUCCCGAUUAUUUGUUACGCCCCUGGGGCAUCUUCACGCGAGAAUAGCCUACGCCGCACGAAACUUCAGUUAUCCCAGCGGCUCGGUGGCACCUCCACUUCAUCCGGCGAGCGAACGUGUCGCGACAGCUCGACUUCACCGAUUUAUUCUUAACAAUUGAUCUCGUUAAUCGCGAGUGAUUGAAGUGAGGUUUUUGUGACUAAUCACUUCAGGAAUCAGUCAGGAUCAGCUGGGCCUGGGGCAUGUGGCCACCCCAAUCUUGAUCUUCCUCCGAGAAAACUCGAGCUGUUUUAUGGUGAACUUGAGUGGCUAUUGUCUUCUUCGGGUUGUCAAUUGGAAUUGGAGCGUAUGAACAAGAACAUAUGACUGUCGUAAUCAUCAUCAUAACCUCGAAUUGACGUUUAGACGGUUUCGAGUGACAGAGGUGUCAAUUUAUUGUCACAACUUCCUCUGGGAUUCAGUGGCAGUUGCCUCUGCUGAACAUUUUUUGUCGAAGGAAAUAGAAUAGUGAUAACUAGAUAGAGUGGGCGAUUUAUAUGGUAAUAUUGGAAGUGCAGAAUGCCGAAACAACUUGUCGAAGAGAUUACGGAUAAUGAGGUGAAUGAUAAGGAGGUGACGAGCAUGAUGAGCGUUCAGAAUGGGGAUGAUUCACCCAUCCAGAGGGAGAGUUCUCCAGUUUAUCCAUCAAUAUACAAAGAAGCACCAUUCAGUGAUGAUACAGACGCAAUCCUGGAGCGAGAUGCCUGUGAUUACGCCACAAAAAUUACCCUAAAAAUGGCUAAAAGUGGAAAAGCCCCACGACGUGUGAGGGUGUACGCAGACGGUAUCUACGACCUGUUCCAUCAGGGCCACGCACGACAGUUGAUGCAAGCGAAGAAUAUUUUUCCAAACGUCUACCUGAUCGUCGGAGUUUGCAACGAUAAGUUGACACAUGAGAAGAAGGGUCGCACCGUUAUGACCGAUUGGGAGAGGUACGAGGCUGUCAGGCAUUGCCGUUACGUCGACGAAGUUAUUCGUGAUGCACCGUGGGAACUGGACGAAGAGUAUUUAGCAGCCCACAAGAUUGAUUUCGUGGCGCAUGACGAUAUUCCGUACGUGACAGACGACGCUGACGACGUUUAUGCCAUGAUUAAGGCCAAAGGAAUGUUCGUUGCUACACAGAGAACUGAGGGGGUCUCGACGUCUGAUAUUGUCGCUCGAAUUGUCAAAGAUUACGAUAUUUAUGUGAGGAGAAAUCUGGCGAGGGGGUACAGCGCUAAAGAAUUGAAUGUUUCAUUUCUUAACGAAAAGAAAUUUCGAAUUCAAAACAAGCUGGACGACCUGAAAGACAAAGGAAAACGAGUAAUGGAGAAUAUAGAAGAGAAACGAAUGGACAUGAUAAGCAAAUGGGAAGAGAAAUCACGGGAUUUUAUCGAUGCAUUCCUCCUGCUGUUCGGCAGAGAAGGGAGACUGUCCACAAUUUGGAACGAGAGUAAAGGGCGCCUCAUGCAGGCGUUAUCACCCCCAGCCAGUCCAAAACGAGCGGGAAGUCCUGAUGGUAGUUGUAGUAGUAAUAACGACGAUGAUCACACCAGUCCCCCACCGAAAAAAGCUGGUCGCUACGAGUUUUCACAGCCGAGUCACUACCUCAGUGACGACUACAGUGAUGAUGAAGAGUCCAAUCUUCACUCAAAAUGAUUUAAACUUAAUUAAUCAGCCUCAUUAGUUGCAUUCUCCUUCUUUUCAUCCAUCCUCAUCACUACGAUACUUCAUUGUAUCAGCAUUGUGCAGCGAUUUUAUCGAUAAUUCACGAUACAUUAUCAAAAGAAAUGCAAAUGAUACAGCACAACUAGAUUGACUCAUUAAUUUAUAAAAGAUUGACAACUAUGUUUAAGGAGAAUUUAAAUUCAAUGAACAUUAAGAAGUCUGUUCUGUACUUGUAGAAACACCAAACAUUGGAGUUCAUUUGUCAUAGAUCGAAUGAGAGCUGCAUCCAGUGAAAAUCUAAUGUCAGAUCUGAUAUUGUGAAAGCAGUUUAUUUAUGAGCGUCAGAGGAUACUUGUUAUUGUUUCCUAGUUUUUUAUUUGAGUGAAUUAUUUAAUGAAACGUGUCUGUAUGAAUCUAGUAUUUAUUUGAGGGGAAGAGGGGGACGAGUGAUGUGACGAAGUAGAUUUCAUGAUUUUGAUAACGAGUGAAGGAAAAUGAACUUCACUCGGUCGGCGAUAUCUGCUGAACCGACGAUGCGAUUUUGACGUGUCACGUGUCGUUUUAAAGGUCGAUAAAAUACCUGGAAAAUGAAAAUAAAAUUGCCGGAUUUCACUCAGCCAAUCUCGAGAUAUCGACGACUGAACUUGGGACAUUUUGCUUCACUCUCUUAUCAGGUCAUCACUCUUUUAUUUGUACUGAUUAUCAUUCUUUUUUUCAAUUUUUUUCGUCGAUUUUGUCCACUUUCCUCGCACAGGCAUCAGCUCCACUAGUUUAUGAUUGUAAUUCACCGAAGUGUACUGCACACGCCAGCAGAACCGUGAGAAUUGAUUUUUGUUAAUGUAAAAACUUCGAUAAAAGACAAUAUGAAAUUUUUCAUUUUCUUCAUUUCUAGGCGCAGUUUGUUAAUGAUGAUAUUGCGAAUAGUGAAUUUACCAUUGAGAAUAAAAAUUGUUUUUACUGAAUAAAUUUUUUAUGCAUAAAGUUUAUAUUUUAAUGAUUUUUUUUCUCAAUGCAGUGGGUAGAACUUUGUCUAUCUCUCUGGGCCGUACGGUUAACCAAUGGUGCCUAUUUUUGGGGUCUGAUAGUGAUCCUGACAUUCGUGCUAACGUAUUUAUGAGAUGAUUAACGACAUGAGAAACUACUGAAAUGCGGGGAAAACUUUGCGUCAUGAAUGCUCAGUCGAAAGGGGAUGGAAAAAUGUGAGAGAUAGCUUUAAAAAAUUGUUCCUUCUCUAGAAACUGAAUGGAAGAAGUUAAAGUUGAUUUGAAGAGGAUAAAUAAUUUUAAUAAAUGUUUAAAACUGCGAGAUGGAGGCGCCGCCAUUUUUAAAGUCCCCUCGGACGAGGGGAGGGGGUGCCCAAGCAAGAUGGCGGCCACAGCUGUUAGUCACCUCGCAAUUUUGAACGUUGAUUAAAAUUAUUUAUGCUUUUCAAAUGACCUGCAACUGCUUUCGUUCAGUUUACGGAGACGGAAUAAUUUUUUUAAGAUACCCUUCAGAUUUUUCCAUCCCUUUUGGGACACGGAGACGAUUGAUUUUUGUGAAUGGCUUUUUUACGAGAGCACUGGCUGAAUUUUUGGGAAAAACUCAUUGAGUAUUUGUAGAUUACGGCCAUUUACUUAACGAAAUAGUGAAAAUUGAAAAUGAAGGGGAAUUUGAGUGCUGGAGGCGAUGAACAUUCAAUUGCAGAACGAGAGAUUUAAAAGCGGUUCGCUGUAUAUUUAUUGAUAUUGAUAGAAAAAUUAGGUGAAUUGAUAUAACGAGAAUAUACCGAGAUCGUUGUUUAAUAUUAAUAUAUGAUGAACACAGUGAAAACUGAAUAAAUUGUAAAUAUCCAUAA